AUGACUCCCUUUUUGGGCAACUCAGGCCAGGUCACGCCUCCGGUAUCUGAUGGCGAAGUGCCGGCAUUUGACAUUCAACAUUCGAAAGACCUGCCGCAGAUGCUAUCACAACAAAAAUCCAUAAAAGCUAACCUGGGUGUUGACGGAAAUCAAGCAAAGCACGAUUUCAGCCAUCAUGCAAUCCCGCUAAACCCGGACUUUGCGUACACGCCCCGGAAAAUCCGCGUUUUCACCAUCGGAGCUGGUUUCUCAGGACUUCUCAUUGCCCACAAAUUUCAACAUCGAUUUCCUGAGCUUCAAGACAUUGUUGAACACAAGGUCUUCGAGGCGAGAAAAGAUGUUGGAGGAACAUGGCUCGUAAACACAUAUCCUGGCGUCCAGUGCGACGUCCCUUCACACAUAUAUGCCUUUCCAUUCGCACCCAAUCCUGACUGGGAUCGCUUUUACGCCUCGGGCCCUGCUAUCCAAAAUUACAUUAAACAGACCGUCAAGGAAUGGAGUCUAGAUCGUGACCUCUACCUGGAUACCAAAGUGGUUGCUGCCCAAUGGCAAGAGACCGCUGGAGAAUGGAAGGUCACAGUCGAGAACCAAGGCAAACAGCGAGACGAGUAUUGCGAUAUCCUAAUUUCCGGCCAGGGCGUUCUAGUAAACCCGUCGUGGCCUAAAAUCCCCGGACUGUCUGAAUUUAAAGGCCACGUCACCCAUUCUGCUGACUGGGAUCACAACUACGAUUAUUCCAACAAACGAAUAGCAGUCAUUGGCAACGGCUCGUCGGGGAUCCAAAUUGUCCCUCAAAUGACCAAGUUACCGGGUACAACAGUCAAGAACUUUAUCCGAGGCCCUGCUUGGGUCUAUUAUCGAGUACCGCCUUCAAAGCAUCUUGGGCGAGACACCGAUGACUUGAAUCCUGCGUACACCGAAGAGGAGAAACAGCGAUACAGAGAUCCAGAACAGCAUAAGGAAUACCGUAAAGGUAUCAUCGCGCGGACUAACAAGGCCUUCCGUUUAUUCAUCAAGGGCGAGCAGAAUGACGCGGUGAUGAAACUUGCCGCAGAGCAGAUGGCGGAGAAGCUCAACCACGAUCCUGUGCUUUGUGAGCAGCUCAUACCAAAAUGGGAGUUGGGAUGCCGUCGAGUAACUCCUGGUCCUGGCUAUCUGGAAUCAUUCCUUAAGCCUAAUUGUGCCUUGACCUCGAGUCCAAUCACCAAGAUCACGGAGAAGGGUGUUGUCACUGCCGAUGGUGAGGAAUUCGAGUGCGACGUUGUGGUGUGUGCAACAGGAUUCGACGUUUCCCAUUGUCCAAAAUUCUCUCUUGUCGGUCAGAACGGAGUCAGCCUGGCAAAGAAGUGGGCUGACGAGCCGGAAUCUUAUCUGUCUGUUGCGACCGACUCCUUCCCAAACUACUUCAUGAUGAUGGGGCCUAACUGCCUGGGCGGCCACGGCUCACUUGUUGAAUCGCUCAAUUGGACCGGUGAUUACUUCGUCAAGAUCAUCAAGAAGAUGGCAACCGAAGAUAUCAAGUACAUGGUACCCAAGGCAUCCGCAGUCGAUGCAUUUGUCAAGUAUGGCGACGAGAUCCACAAAAAAUUAGUGUGGACUGGUAGUUGCAGUUCCUGGUACAAGCGAGGUCGACGAGAUGGAAGAGUGACGGCCUUGUUUGGUGGUAGUGCUGUUCUCUUCCACCGGUUGAUCAGUGACAUCCGCGCCGAAGAUUACGAGAUCGUUUACAACAGUACCAAUCCGUUCAGAUUUAUGGGCAAUGGAUUUACGGAAUGGGAAAUGCAGGAAGACAGUGACCUGUCUUGGUAUGUUGAGGCGGCUGAUCCAUUGCCCCAGGCAUCAUUACAGUUAUAG